AACACCAUCCCCAAAUCUCCAGGAGUUUCCAAAGCUGGAGUUGGCACCCCUGGCAAUCUAACCCCGCUUAGGAUGGCACUGUAAAUUUUAUUUCAGCAUAAAAUUUCAUGACUUUGAUUGCACUUGAUUGGUUGCACAGAGUAAUCAUUUUGAGGAUACCUUUCUGACUACAGAUACAAGUAAGUCAGGGGCCUUUAAUAACUCCCAUUCUCUCUCACCCAUUUGUAACUUUGGUUAUACACAUAAGAAGUGCCUCACUGGAUCAGUCCCAUGGUCCACCUUCCUGUUUCACACAGUGCCAACCAGUUGCACUAGAGGGUCCGAAAGCAGAGCACAGAGGCCAAGCCCCUCCCCCUCGCUUGUAUGCAGAUGUUCACUGGCUCUGAAUAUGGAAUUCCCUUUAGUCAUUAUGGUCAGGAGCCAUUUAUUUGUUUAGCUAUUUAUACCGUUCUUCUUCCCCACAGGGAUCCCCACAGCUUCAUUCUCCCCUUCUUCUAUGUUCCAUGAGGUUAGGUUGAGAGCCAAAGGUCACCCAGCAAGCUUCCCUGACAAAUAUCUAGAUAAGAUUCAAGCCUUUUAAAGCCGUCUAUGCUAGUGGCUCUCACUACACGGAGUGACAUUGAAAUCUACAAGUGUAUGACUGCCUGCAAAACGCUUUUAGGCCCCAUACAUUUGAUCAAGCAAGAUCCAACUCGCUAAACCUUAUACUGAAAUAAUAGCUGAUCUUUAGGUUCGUUCUCCAAGGCGCCGACCCCUCCGCUGCUUCUGGCGCGGGUUCCAGGCGCCCUCUGCCCUGCAGUAUAAAGGCUACAGCGCCGAGGGGGCGGCUCUGGCAAGAGACCAAGCGGGCAGAUUUGGGGAAGAGUAGCGCUCAAAGCGGCCGCCUUCUCAGCUUUCCCCUUCCCUCCUUCUUCCGCCAAGAGACUUGGCGAGCCGGGCCGCUCCCCUUCCACCGCGCCUUCCCCUCUCCCACUCCGGCCGGCCGCUGCAUUCGCCUUCCCCUGCGUGGAGAUGACCCAGCCCGGGCGCCCGAGGAGUCUGUGGCGCGAGGCGUCGCACCAGAUCCUUGCCGGAGGCUCGGCGGGUCUUGUAGAAAUUUGCUUGAUGCACCCCCUCGAUGUGGUGAAAACCAGGUUUCAAAUUCAACGAGGAAGAAUUGAUCCAACUAGUUACAAGAGUUUGGGAGACAGUUUCAGGACCAUAUUCCGGACUGAAGGUUUGUUUGGUUUCUACAAAGGCAUACUCCCUCCAAUCCUGGCUGAAACACCCAAAAGAGCAGUGAAGUUUUUCACUUUUGAACAAUACAAGAAAUUACUAGGAUACUUUUCACUGUCACCAGCAUUGGCAUUUGCAGUUGCUGGCUUGGGAUCUGGGCUAACAGAAGCUGUUGUGGUGAACCCUUUUGAAGUAGUCAAGGUUGGCCUACAGGCAAAUCGGGAUGCUUUUGCAGAGCAACCAUCCACUUUUGCCAAAGCUCGGCAGAUUAUUCAAGCCAAUGGGUUAGGACUCCAGGGACUCAACAAAGGGUUACCUGCCACCCUGGGACGCCAUGGAGUUUUUAAUAUGGUUUAUUUUGGAUUCUACUUUAAUGUGAAAAACAUCAUUCCUGUCAAUAAGGAUCCAACCUUGGAAUUUCUGAGAAAGUUUGGAAUUGGACUCGUCUCAGGAACAAUAGCCUCAAUUAUUAACAUCCCGUUUGAUGUUGCAAAAAGUAGGAUUCAGGGACCACAGCCGGUUCCCGGAGAGAUCAAGUACAGAACCUGUUUUAAAACUAUGGCAAUGGUCUAUAAAGAAGAAGGAUUUCUAGCUUUGUACAAAGGACUGAUCCCUAAGAUUAUGAGGCUGGGCCCAGGUGGUGCAGUGAUGCUUCUGGUUUAUGAGUACGCUUAUGGAUGGUUUCAAGAACACUGGUGAUCAAGGCAACAUUCUGUUAAACUAUGUUUAAGUGUAAAUUUGGAAGCAAAUAUAAGUAAUAGAUAUAUAUCUAAUCUGACAAUGUGCUUUGUUUUCAACUAUCGGGGAAGUAAAUGAACACAGCUAUUGAAUCACAAGAUUAUGUAAGUACAACCAACUGAAGAAUGUUUUAUUGAUUUUUAUAUUGUCUGUGAAGCACUAUGCAGAUUGAUGAUGUUACAUGGAUAUUAAUACUCAGUAAUAAUGGUGAAUCUUCUACUGCUUGCUAUUAGGGCACGUCGACAUAAUUUCUUGUCGCAUAAUUUCUGGCUGCACAUCCAAACCACAAGUGAAGAAAGCGUGGAGGGGUAUUCACCUUCCUUCUAUGCAUCCUAUACAGUACUUAGAUGUGAUUGUUGUUGCUAUUUUGUGCAGAUCUGCACCAAAUGAUUAAAUAAUUAAUUAAAGUUAGUUAAUCUGGGCAACUCUUUAUUUAGGUUCCAUGUAGAGAGGGGCUGUAACGUUAGUGGUUAAGUGGCUGAGCUGCCAAUCAGCACUCUGCUAGUUGGACUCCCAUGACAGCCACGGACUCUGCAGGUGGCCUUGGGUAAGCCACUCCUCUCAGCCCCAGCUGUAUUGUGGAUAUAAUAAUAACCACACUGACUUUGUUCACUGCUCUGAGCGGGGCACUGAUCUGUCCAGAAGCACACUGUUAUGGUUGUUAUUAAUAUGUAAUGUCAUAUUAAUAUUAUUAAAUGUGUAAGGAAUGUGUAAGAUCAUUUACAACUGAAUAAACAAACAUUUUCACCCACCAGUAGAAGAAAGGUAAUGUUUAAUAUUUACAUUUUAUUCUUUAUUAUUCUUAUGAUACACUCAUGUUCCAAAACCUGGCUGGCAAUGAAAAGUUGCUUAAAAUUGCUGGGGAGGACAUGUGCAUGAAGCAUCAGUGGGGACAUUUUCUGCCUUUACACAUUCCUUUUACUCUUGUAAUAUGAAUCAAAAUAGCCUGAAAAAAAUAGUAUGCCCUUAACUUGCCCUUCUCUGGUUUCAAAUUGCCCCUGGUAAUCUGUUAAUGGAUUAAUCAUUUAAUCAUUGAGUAAUCAGGGACAUUAAAACUUGCAGUAAACAAUAAUAUUUUCCUCGA